GAAUCAUUGCUGUUACACAAAAUUAAAUAAUAGACUGAGGAACAUUUGACAUUUCUUAUUUCAUUGACAUUAGUCCAUUGCCUGAUCUUUAAAGCUGUUACAAUCUUUGUUUAAUUUACAACUAUGCUAACAUAGUCUCAUGUCUCAAUGUUGCCCUUAAAGUAAACAUUGUAAAAAAAAUAUAUUUUAGAACAAAUGGUAGGGAUCCACUUUUACUGGGUUAAAAUGGUUUGGUUGUGACUUAUCACAUUUAAAAGAUGUACAACACACUGAGCUACAAAAAAAACAAAUAGUUGAUAACUUAUUUGCUUAAAACCUGAACUUGAAGACAACCCCACAUUGCAAAUGUAAAUAAGAAUGCAAUGUUAAUCAAAAAACAGCUCUCUCCCUUGAACAUGAAGCUUCACGGGUUCAGAUAAUUUAGACUACGAUUCCUGGAAAGCAUAAUGACCUGUUUUCCAGACAUUUAGGCUGUGGCACUUUACUCACAGCAGGUAAACAGGAAUUACAACUACUUUAUUUAAACCAGCUCACAUUUAUCUGUUUCCAAAGUUUAUGGCACCCUGUGACCUGAAUGUAAUAAAACAUAAAAACAAAACAAACAUUGAAUAUAGAUCUGAACAACACACAACAGCUGAUAAUCAAACUAUGCCAAAUAAUAUAGACAAAAACGACAUCUAGUGUGGCAAAGCUGGUGUCACUGAACACCAGCUGCCAUUGGAUUACAUGUUCACCUUCACUGGACGUAAAAUUAGUUUGUGUCGGUAAAGGCUGAGCAUAUCAUUUACCAAAUAACUGUUUCUCAACUGCUGUAAUACUAGUUAUUUAAAUAACUAUUGUCAAAGACAUGCAGCAUGCACCAGGUGCCAAUGCUAGACCCUCACCCUACAUAAGAUUUUCAACAUGCAAAACUAACAUUUAUUUUUGAACUUAUGCAAGUACUUUUCAAACACACAAACUGCAAUAAUGUGUAUUUUCUUCUCUCAUUCUUUGUUAAGUACAUGCACUACAGUACAUAAGGCACACAAAAUCCAGUAUUUUUCCAUCAACUGACGUUUAAGUGGCGUUGCGUCACGUGACGUGCAAGGGGCGGAGGGGACAUGCACGCAUUGCACGUCCUUAUGAACCGUCACAGGGGUAAUUGAUUGUGUUUUUUAGUGAUUAAACGUGUUUACCUUCAAUUCAUACAUCGCUCCCUUUUUGGAGUUGAUUUCGCGGUAGUUAAGUUAAUAGCGACCAUCACAAGGCAAUUGUAUCAGGCUCUGACCCGUGCCAUGCGUAUCAUACCCUGAUUUUGAGCAACCACUCCCCUUCGUGGCUCGUGGAAAAUUACCAGCUUACAAUCAGCACAAGUACAAGCUUCAACAUCCGCCGCACGGACCCGAUGGCCCCGAAUCUUCUUUGGUCCACCCGAGAUAUAUAUUCCACAACAUCCAUAAGUUUACCAGGCUGCCAGUGUUGCAAAGAAACACGGCUGCUUAAAAAACCUUGCGUGGAGAUAAAAGCUAUACGACGCGUUUUGCAAACACGUUUUGAGAAUACACAUCAUAACGGAAGCAAUGUCAUACCAUGCAUUUCUUUUCAACAACAAAAAAUAAACAAGCCACGAUCACAAUAUUAUCACGAAUUACAACUCCAUUCUGUACGCAGUUUGCCUUUUUCUCUAAACAGGCGGAGCGGUAGCAAGGGCGCCCGAAAGAGUUUGGUUUGAUUGACGUGCGCCCGCUCCAAUGAAUCACGAGCAAGGACGUGUUUAGCAACGGGGCGACCAAUAGCCUCCUCCGAUGGGCGUGACGUUAAUCCAAACUUUUCGCGGCGCCAUCGGCUGAAAACUAAACCGAGAUGGAAUCUCCCAGUCUGAACCGGUUUCAACCGGUUAGGAGUUUGUUGCUUGUGAGAAGACACACACGGGCUCACACAGUCAAAUACCGCCCUGGUGCAAAAUUGACUUCAGUACAGGGCACAUUUCUAAAUUAAGGUUAACUUUGUUUCGUAAAAUGAACCGGACUGAAAAAAUACUUAACUCGCCGUGAUUGUUGGUGCGGAAAUCACAUCCUAGUGGUCCUUAUAUCAAGCAACUAGCUCGCAUAGCCUUCAAAGAGGAAUUAGUGUGACUGGCCAGUCAACGGCUCAUCCUAAAUCUUUUUUUAUUUGGCUAGAAAGCGUGUACAAACAGGCACCAACGAUACUGGAUCAAAUAAACUUAAUUUUAACAACUCUGGCAGACAAGCCCACCUUCUUUCCCUCAAAGGCUUGGACUUUAGAGCUUUAUGCCAGCAAUUAUGACAAUGUUAGCCGACCACGCAGCCAGACAGCUGCUGGACUUUAACCAGAAACUGGAUAUCAACCUGCUGGAUAAUGUGGUCAACUGCUUGUACCAUGGAGCGGGGCCACAGCAAAGAAUGGCCCAAGAAGUGCUCACACACUUGAAGGAGCAUCCAGACGCGUGGACACGAGUUGACACCAUUCUGGAGUUCUCUCAGAAUAUGAACACCAAAUACUAUGCUCUGCAGAUUCUGGAAACAGUUAUUAAAACAAGAUGGAAGAUUCUGCCCAGAAACCAAUGUGAAGGCAUCAAAAAGUAUGUUGUGGGGCUCAUUAUCAAGACCUCAUCAGAUGCCGCCAAUGUUGAGAAAGAGAAGGUGUACAUUGGAAAACUCAAUAUGAUAUUAGUACAGAUUUUGAAGCAGGAGUGGCCUAAACACUGGCCCACAUUUAUCAGUGACAUUGUUGGAGCGAGCCGCACCAGUGAAAGCCUGUGCCAGAACAACAUGAUCAUUCUGAAGCUCCUCAGCGAGGAGGUGUUUGACUUCUCUAGUGGUCAGAUGACACAGGUGAAGGCCAAACACCUGAAGGACAGCAUGUGCAACGAGUUCUCGCAGAUAUUCCAGCUGUGCCAGUUUGUGAUGGAAAAUUCCCAGAAUGCCCCACUGGUGCAUGCUACUUUAGAAACACUGCUGAGGUUUCUCAACUGGAUUCCAUUGGGUUAUAUCUUUGAAACUAAACUCAUCAGUACUUUGGUAUACAAGUUCCUAAAUGUGCCAAUGUUCCGCAAUGUGACGCUGAAGUGCUUGACUGAGAUCGCAGGGGUCAGCGUGAGCCAGUACGAAGAGCAGUUCGUUAGUCUUUUCACUUUGACCAUGAUGCAGCUCAAACAGAUGCUUCCCCUGAACACCAAUAUCCGAUUAGCAUACUCAAAUGGGAAAGACGAUGAGCAAAACUUCAUUCAGAACCUCAGCCUGUUCCUCUGCACCUUCCUUAAAGAGCACGGACAGCUUAUAGAAAAGAGACUAAACCUCAGAGAGACUCUCAUGGAGGCACUGCAUUACAUGUUGCUGGUGUCAGAGGUGGAGGAAACUGAGAUCUUUAAGAUCUGUUUAGAGUACUGGAACCACCUGGCUGCCGAGCUCUAUAGAGAAAGCCCCUUCUCAACUUCUACAUCUCCUCUCCUCUCAGGGAGCCAACACUUUGAUGUACCGCCCCGCAGACAACUGUACCUACCUGUGCUGUCCAAGGUGCGUAUGUUGAUGGUGAGUCGCAUGGCCAAGCCAGAAGAAGUUCUGGUUGUUGAGAAUGAUCAGGGAGAGGUGGUUCGGGAAUUCAUGAAGGACACAGACUCCAUAAACCUCUACAAGAAUAUGAGAGAGACACUUGUCUAUCUGACCCAUUUGGACUAUGCCGAUACGGAGCGUAUCAUGACAGAGAAACUUCAUAAUCAGGUGAACGGUACUGAGUGGUCCUGGAAGAACUUAAACACGCUGUGCUGGGCCAUUGGCUCCAUCAGUGGAGCCAUGCAUGAAGAAGAUGAGAAGAGGUUCCUCGUCACAGUCAUAAAGGACCUGCUGGGUCUAUGCGAGCAGAAGAGAGGCAAAGACAACAAGGCUAUUAUCGCCUCAAACAUCAUGUACAUAGUGGGCCAGUACCCACGAUUUCUACGCGCUCACUGGAAAUUCCUGAAGACUGUGGUCAACAAAUUGUUUGAGUUCAUGCACGAAACCCACGAUGGAGUUCAAGACAUGGCAUGUGACACAUUCAUUAAGAUCGCUCAGAAGUGCAGAAGGCAUUUCGUGCAGGUGCAGGUGGGUGAGGUGAUGCCCUUCAUUGAUGAGAUCCUCAACAAUAUCAACACCAUCAUCUGUGACCUGCAGCCCCAGCAGGUGCACACGUUUUAUGAAGCUGUCGGCUACAUGAUUGGAGCGCAAACUGACCAGGCCGUGCAGGAGCACUUGAUCGAGAAAUACAUGCUGUUGCCCAACCAAGUGUGGGAUAGCAUCAUUCAGCAGGCCACCAAGAAUGUGGACAUCCUGAAGGACCCAGAGACUGUAAAGCAGUUGGGAAGCAUUCUGAAGACCAAUGUUAGGGCAUGCAAAGCUGUGGGACACCCCUUUGUUAUUCAGUUAGGCCGAAUCUACCUAGACAUGCUUAAUGUAUACAAGUGCCUCAGUGAGAACAUCUCUGCUGCCAUCCAGACCAAUGGUGAGAUGGUGACCAAGCAGCCUUUGAUCAGGAGCAUGCGAACAGUGAAGAGAGAGACACUGAAGCUGAUUUCAGGCUGGGUCAGCCGCUCCAAUGACCCACAGAUGGUGGGGGAGAAUUUUGUCCCUCCGUUGUUGGAUGCCGUGCUCAUAGAUUACCAACGCAAUGUCCCGGCAGCACGGGAACCGGAAGUUCUCAGUACCAUGGCAACGAUAGUAAACAAACUGGGUGGACACAUUACAGGAGAGAUCCCACAGAUAUUUGAUGCUGUGUUCGAGUGCACAUUAAACAUGAUCAACAAAGACUUUGAGGAAUACCCAGAACACCGGACACAUUUCUUCUACCUGCUGCAGGCCGUGAACUCUCACUGUUUCCCAGCAUUCUUGGCCAUCCCGCCAGCCCAGUUUAAACUUGUGCUUGACUCAAUUAUAUGGGCUUUUAAACACACCAUGAGAAAUGUGGCAGACACUGGUCUGCAGAUUCUCUACACGCUGCUGCAGAACGUGGCCCAGGAAGAUGCAGCGGCACAGAGCUUUUAUCAGACUUACUUCUGUGACAUCCUGCAACACAUCUUUUCCGUUGUUACAGAUACAUCACACACAGCUGGUUUGACCAUGCACGCAUCUAUUCUUGCCUACAUGUUUAACCUUGUUGAGGAAGGAAAAAUCAGUGUGGUUUUGAAUCCCUCAAAUCCAGUCAACAAUCAGGGGUUUAUCCAGGAGUAUGUGGCCAACCUGCUAAAAUCAGCGUUCCCACAUUUACAGGAUGCCCAAGUGAAAGUGUUUGUAACUGGCCUGUUCAGUUUAAACCAAGACAUCCCAGCAUUCAAGGAACACUUGAGGGAUUUCCUUGUGCAGAUCAAGGAAUUUGCUGGUGAGGACACCUCCGACCUGUUCCUGGAGGAAAGGGAAGCCUCACUGCGUCAGUCCCAGGAGGAGAAACACAAACUGCAGAUGUCCGUGCCUGGCAUUCUCAACCCACACGAAAUACCCGAGGAGAUGUGUGACUGAGUUCACAUAGACACACACCCCACACGCUGACUUGUAAACAAACUAAACACACAACUAAAGCGGUGUUGUGGCUGCUCUCCUGUUGGGCAUCUGUGUGUUUUCUUGUACGUGUGUGUGUGUAAGUACUUCAGGAUCUUCCUGUGAGGAGGUGAUUUCGGCACUUGGCUGUCUCUUGACCAAAACAAUGCCAAUAUGUAAAUGAUAUCGUCACCCAGUGGCCCUAAUUGCAUAGAACAUGUUUCAUAGACACUUUUGUGUAUAAUCUUUCCAUUGUUAACAGCUUUUGUUUGGUCACUGUAAUCUGAAUGCUACUGCAUGAAGUGUUACAUCUGUACAAUUAACUCUCUGUGUGCUCUCUCUUUUUUCGGUCGUCCCUCCUUCUCCCUUUUUCUUCUUUCAUACAUAAUGUAUUUCUUCAUGUAUAUUAUAUAUAGAAGAGCAGAGAGCAGUUCGUUGUGUUUGCUUAAUGCUGUACGUGCUUUGGCAGUGGGCAGAUGCGCCUUGUGUCAAUGUUUGUGUCUGAUCGCUGCCAUUGAGCAGCCAAAGAGAAUGUUGAUGAAUGUCAAGGAUCAGUGGGGUCGCAGCCGUGCUCAGUGUCUGAAGAUUUGGGACGCUGUGUGUGUACGGGAUGGGUUGAGUGAGGAGCUGGAAGCAGUUUGGGACUUUAAGCUUGAUGCUUCCUGCGAGGAGCAAGUGAACUGGCGGAACUGUCUGUUACUCUGGUUCGGGUCCAUUUGGACUCCGCGAAGUGACUCUGUUGCUUUUCUACACAGGAGUGUACAGCAGCCCUCUACAUGUUCAUAUCAGCAUAAUUGUACAAUAUCUUUACUACCAUGGGAACACACGGAUGUUUUGUUGUGGAUGUGCGCGCGCGCGUGUGUGUGUUGUCGCUGAGCCGACAUCAGGUUUUUUGUUUUCCUCAAUGAGGACGGUUGCUCCUUUUGUGAGCUUUCAUUAAAAUUGAAGUUUAAAAAAGUGGUUGAAUAUUUAUGUGUUCUUUUAGGCUUACACCUUUAUAACUGCUCCUGUUAACUCACUCAGAGACGGCUUGGGAGUUUCUUGAAUUGUACUAAUUAACAUUGUUUACCGUGCUGUAGUGCUGCAGGACACUACGUAGAGCGAAAUAAAUCUCAGUUUACAUUUGAUUUUGUAUUUUUGCAUUUUUGAUUUAUAUCUUGAGGUCUUGUCCAAAUAAAGUAAAACUGCGUAGAAAACGGUGGAAUUUCUCAUUAGGAAAAGAAUCUACCGAUCCAAACAAUGCAUUUAAUCAUUGGUGAAUUCCCUCUUCAUGUGUUUGUUGUGAAACUUUUUGAACUGAUUAAAGUUGAAAGAAUUUUAUAA